UUCUCUUUUUGUGUGUAACAAAAGGGUGAAAAUCUUCAUUUGUAAGCCAAAAUUGUUUGUGAGAAGCAGAUCAAUAUAAUGGAACAACUUGUAGAGCUGGGAGAUCCCUAUAUCUAUAUGGUUGGCAUACCGGCAGAACUUCACCUCCACUGGACCUACAUCGCCGACUUUCUACGCCCGGCAGAGAAUCGUCCACAACACAUCGAGCCAAAUGUGGAAAUAGUGCCUCUUUCACAUUGGCAGCCCCGGGAGGAGACUGCGGACUUCGAAGUGGUGCCCUUGCCCCAAGAACCCAGCAUUGACCUAUCUGCUGCUGGCGAUGGAGUCCAUGUCACUCCGCGGAUCGAUGAUAACGAAAGGCCAGUUGUGAUCAUUUUCCGGCCUAAAAGAAAUGCAAUACCCUGGUUGAGUUUGAAGCGUCUGAUGCCGGUGAUUGUUGCGAUCUCAAGUAUUCUCUUCAAAAAGAUACUCUCCCUUUUUGGAAUCAAUUUAAACCAAGUCUUUGCCCUCGGCUUAUCAUACAACAUACAUUUGGCUAUAUUUCAGUGCUUUAUCGAAUGCCUUACGUCCUACUGAAUGCAAGAAUUUUGAGUACCCAAACGAGUUUAUAAUGUUUUGAAUUAAACAGUGUUUUAAAGUGUGUGUGCAAA